CGACUGUGUCGUCCUCAGUGGGACAUCACAUCGCGUGUAGUGCACUUCCGGCCCGGUAUCGGCCGCUCCAUACACGGGAUACAGGUCUAGUUCGCCCAUUGUGUUGUUAAAUGGUACGGGCAUAGGUUUUUUAGGAUGAAUUAACUUGAAGUGGUGAAACACGAGCCAAGAUAGGACUACGAUGUAGAGUUGUCAAUCCGGCGGAGGAAAAUGAAAGAGGGCGGUCGCGAGGAGGAGCCGACCAGCGCAUCGGAAGUGGCGGCCGGUAUGCGCACAGAACACACAUGCUGUUGCCUCGGCGUGCUGGUGGGCGUCUCACUCAUCGCCGCCCUCGUAGCAGUGAUUCUGAUGAAGGACAGUACUGUAGAGCUGACGAUACUUCGACAAGUGCACGUGCUUAUGUCACACGGAGAGCGUACACCUAGUGAACGGGAGCUGGAAAUGUUAGGAGCGCCCCCGCCAGACCACGUUUUUGUCCCUUACGGCGCAGGAGCUUUGACAAAUGAAGGAAAGUUGCUGACAUUCGAAAUGGGCGCAUUACUUAGAAAAAGAUAUAACGACUUCUUAGGACUUUUCUACGAAGCUGAGAAAAGCAUUGUCAUAGCCUCGGACACGGAUCUGAGCAAGAUGACAGCUCUUCUGAUUUCCGCGGGGCUGUGGCCACCUCCACUCGACCAAAUGUGGAACGACACUAUGAACUGGCAGCCAGUGCCUUACACUUAUCCACCGCGGAAUGAAGACUAUCUUCUAUAUGAAGAGAACUGCCCACGCUACAGUCAAGAGAAACAGAGGCUACUGAAAGCAUUCACAGAAGAAGGGUUACUAAUACCGUAUCGAGAUCUCUUUCAUAAAAUUGCGCAUAUGACGGGCACCAACUUCAGUACACCCCAAGACGCUUAUAAUUUAAAUAAUUUAUUCGUAAUACAGGAUGACAUAAAAGUUGCAAAUCCAAAAUGGGCAAAACAUGUAAAAAGAAAGCUCAUGGACGUUGCUAGACUGGAGUACACUAUGAUGUUUCACAAUAAUCUUCUAAGAAAACUUAGCGGAGGAGCACUUCUACAGCAAAUAAUUAAAGAAGCAGUACUAAGUACCAGGGACUCGACAAGCCCUAAAGUGAUAGUCCGCAUAGGUACACCAGUAUCAGUAGCAGCGUUAUUAGCAGCCUGUGUCGCACCACCGCCGCGGCUUCCCGAUCCCGGAGCCGCAUUACUAUUCGAACUGCACGAAAAACAACCUUCUAACCAAGGGAAGAAAGAUCAGAAUCCUUUGAGUCAUGGACAGAGGUUUGGAUUUAAGAUUUAUUACUGGGACGACGACUCCGCGGAGCCGCGUUUAAUGGAGGUCCCCGGAUGCAACGCACUGUGCCCAUUGGACACUUUCACAGAAAUCACCAAAUAUAUAGUGUCGUACGACUACAAAACAGACUGUGCACUAGUUCCUGAUACAACACAUGCCCCAUGAGUGAUACUGCGGACAAUUCUGGUGUAUAAAAAUCUCUGAGCUAAUUUAAAUUGACUAGUGCCUUAUAAUCACUUCGUAAUAUGUAGAAAAGGGAACUAUUUUUUUUAAACCCGUCAUUUACAGUUUAGUUUAGUUUAAAAAAAACCAAUUAAGACAUUUUCAUUCCUACAAUAUUAUAAGUUAAUUAGUUGCAGCUAAAAUACAAUGAAAUUAUAAUAUUUUUUACAGUGUAAUUAGUUUUGAGUUCUCUUAUAAGAGAACAGUUCAUUUUUCAUUUUUUCGAGAACCAAAUGUUUAAACCAAACCUUAGUUUAGAUAUUUGUGCACAACAGAAUCAUUGCGGCAUUAUUUAGUUUAUAUAUAUUAAUUUGGAUCUAGUUGAGCGUAUCUAAUCCACAAGUACUCCAAUGAAGUUCUCAAGUAGGCUAAAUCUUUUUUAAUUUUACAGUUAAAGCAUAUCUGAUGAUUGGAAUAUGCGGUUAGACAAAUAAAUAUAUAAAUUACUUUUUGCUCAUACGAUAGUGUCCAAAAAAGGUAGGUCAUUAAUUCCCUUUGUCCUUAAUCUAGGCUUCACCUCAAUCGAUUGUCUAAUGAUAUAUCUAUAGAAAAAAAAAAAAAAAAAUCACCAACUCUUAGGUGAUAAGCACUAGUGAGCGGUUGAUGUAUGCCUAGGAAUCUUCUUAAAUUUGGCGUUACUUACUUAGCCUUUUCCUAUUUCGUCGUUAGUAAAAGCGGGCAUAAGAGUCGCUAUGUCGUGUGUCUUGUGGAUUGGUACGUUUUCUCAUAACUACUUCCAUUUAAAAAUAGCAAAAUGGCACCUAGCGAUACGACCAUGUAUCAAAAACUAAUUAUAACGUUGUGGUUUUUAGUUCUAAUCGUUAUCAGUUAUGAAAUAAAGUACAUUGAAUUUUUAUUUUAAAACUC